ACUGCAGCAGCAAUAGGUUCCCUGGCCGUGUAAUGACGUCAGGAGCGGCGGCCAUUUUCUCCUGGUCUGAGCUCCGCCUUCCUUCUAUCAUUCCCACAAGGCAGCAGGAGCAGAGAGCAGCCAUUGCUGUGUCUGGCAGCAGGAGGCGGAGUAUAUAGAGGAACACAGGGGUCUGUACAAGGCGAUGAUGAUGGAGAAUCUCCGGCCCCUCACAUCACUGGAUGGACCCAGUAACAGAGAUACCCCAGAGAGAUGUCCCCGUCCUCUGUAUUCCCAGGAUUGUACAGAGGAGAAUCACAGGACCCCACAGGAGGAUCAGGUAGAACGUCUGUCUAAUACUAAAAUACAAGAUAUAGAGGGAGAAAAAGAGACGUAUGUGACUGAUAUAAAGGCAGAAGAUAUAGAGGGAGAAGAAGAGACGUAUGUGACUGAUAUAAAGGCAGAAGAUAUAGAGGGAGAAGAAGAGACGUAUGUGACUGAUAUAAAGGCAGAAGAUACAGAGGGAGUAGAAGAGACAUAUGUGACUGAUAUAAAGACAGAAGAUACAGAGGGAGAAGAAGAGACGUAUGUGACUGAUAUAAAGACAGAAGAUAUAGAGGGAGAAGAAGAGACGUAUGUGACUGAUAUGAAGGCAGAAGAUAUAAGGAGAGAAGAAGAGACGUAUGUGACUGACAUAAAGACAGAAGAUAUAGAGGGAGAAGAAGAGACGUAUGUGACUGAUAUAAAGACAGAAGAUACAGAGGCAGAAGAAGAGACGUAUGUGACUGAUAUAAAGGCAGAAGAUAUAGAGGGAGAAGAAGAGACGUAUGUGACUGAUAUAAAGGCAGAAGAUAUAGAGGGAGAAGAAGAGACGUAUGUGACUGAUAUGAAGGCAGAAGAUAUAAGGAGAGAAGAAGAGACGUAUGUGACUGAUAUGAAGGCAGAAGAUAUAGAGGGAGAAGAAGAGACGUAUGUGACUGAUAUAAAGGCAGAAGAUAUAGAGGGAGAAGAAGCGACGUAUGUGACUGAUAUAAAGGCAGAAGAAAUAGAGGGAGAAGAAGAGACGUAUGUGACUGAUAUAAAGGCAGAAGAUAUAGAGGGAGAAGAAGAGACGUAUGUGACUGAUAUAAAGGCAGUAGAUAAAGAGGGAGAAGAAGAGACGUAUGUGACUGAUAUAAAGGCAGAAGAUAUAGAGGGAGAAGAAGAGACGUAUGUGACUGAUAUGAAGACAGAAGAAAUAGAGGGAGAAGAAGAGACGUAUGUGACUGAUAUAAAGGCAGAAGAUAUAGAGGGAGAAGAAGAGACGUAUGUGACUGAUAUAAAGGCAGAAGAUACAGAGGCAGAAGAAGAGACGUAUGUGACUGAUAUAAAGGCAGAAGAUAUAGAGGGAGAAGAAGAGACGUAUGUGACUGAUAUGAAGGCAGAAGAUACAGAGGGAGAAGAAGAGACGUAUGUGAGGGGUGAUCAGCAGUGUAAGGAGGAGGAGAUCCCUACAGAUAUCAGCACAGCAAAUGGACACACAAGCAGGAAUAUCUCAGAAGGACAUCUAAUGUUAUCCCCGGAUUGUGACAUAAAAGAUAAUGACAGUAGACCGGAUACUCCAGCAGAUAACCCCAUUACCCCAAUUAUACAUCCAGCUCUAUCAGCUGAUCCCCCUGAUCCUGGGAAAUGUUCUCCUGAUCACUCUGAUAUUGGUGCAUCUGUUACAGCUCUGACAGUAGAUACAGUGUUUCCGUGUUCUAUAGAUGCCAAAUGUUUUACACAGAACACAAAGCCUAUUAACCCACACACAGGUAAGGCAGGUGAAAUGCCACUGAUAUGUUCUGAGUGUGGGAAAUGUUUUACACUGAAAUCACAUCUUGUUGUACAUCAGCGAAGUCACACAGGUGACAAACCAUUUCCAUGUUCUGAGUGUGGGAAAUGUUUUACACUGAAAUCACAUCUUGUUGUACAUAACAGAAGACACACAGGUGAGAAACCAUUUUCUUGCUCUGAGUGUGGGAAAUGUUUUACACUGAAAUCACAUCUUGUUGUACAUAACAGAAGUCACACAGGUGAGAAACCAUUUUCUUGCUCUGAGUGUGGGAAAUGUUUUACACAGAACUCACAACUUGUUACACAUCAGCAAAGUCACACAGGUGAGAGGCCAUUUCCAUGUUCUGAGUGUGAGAAAUGUUUUACACAGAAAUCACAACUUGUUACACAUCAGCGAAGUCACACAGGUGAGAGGCCAUUUCCAUGUUCUGAGUGUGGGAAAUGUUUUACACGGAAAUCAAAUCUUGUUAAACAUCAGCAAAGUCACACAGGUGAGAUGCCAUUUCCAUGUUCUGAGUGUGGGAAAUGUUUUACACUGAAAUUAAAUCUUGUUACACAUCAGAAAAGUCACACAGGUGAGAGGCCGUUUCCAUGUUCUGAGUGUGGGAAAUGUUUUACAUGGAAAUCACAACUUGUUCCACAUCAGCGAAGUCACACAGGUGAGAGGCCAUUUCCAUGUUCUGAGUGUGGGAAAUGUUUUACACGGAAAUCAAAUCUUGUUAAACAUCAGCAAAGUCACACAGGUGAGAUGCCAUUUCCAUGUUCUGAGUGUGGGAAAUGUUUUACACUGAAAUUAAAUCUUGUUACACAUCAGAAAAGUCACACAGGUGAGAAGCCAUUUUCUUGCUCUGAGUGUGGGAAAUGUUUUACACACAAAUCACAUCUUGUUAUACAUCAGCGAAGUCACACAGGUGAGAGGCCAUUUCCAUGUUCUGAGUGUGGGAAAUGUUUUGCAAACAAAUCAGCUCUUGUUAUACACCAGAGAAGUCACACAGGUGAGAAGUGGUUUUCUUGCUCUGGGUGCAGGAAAUGUUUUACACAGAAAUCAGAUCUUGUUAGACAUCAGCAAAGUCACACAGGUGAGAGGCCAUUUCCAUGUUCUGAGUGUGGAAAAUGUUUUUCACACAAAUCACAUCUUGUUAAACAUAACAGAAGUCACACAGGUGAGAAGCCAUUUACAUGUUCUGAGUGUGGGAAAUGUUUUACACGGAAAUCACAACUUGUUACACAUCAGCGAAGUCACACAGGUGAGAGGCCAUUUCCAUGUUUUGAGUGUGGGAAAUGUUAUACACAAAAAUCAAAUCUUGUUAGACAUCAGCAAAGUCACACAGGUGAGAGGUCAUUUUCAUACUCUGAGAAAUAAAUCAGCUCUUGUUGCACACAGUAGACAUCACUCAGAUGAGGAACCAUUUUAAUCUUCUGAAGUAUACUCAUUGCCAUGCGUUGUUCUUCAAGUUUCUUAUCCUCUCUCCUAUGUUUUUGCAAUAUACAUGUUACCACUAGGUGAAAUAAUCAGAUGUCCUGCCAUCAUCUACCACUGCUAUGCAGAUGACCUGUCUUUUGCUCCAGGUACUGAGAACCCAGUCCCAAUCCUAAAUGGUUGUCUAGCUGAGCUCCAGGUGUGGGUGAUGCCAGUUGGCUGUGAUUCAGUCCUGGUGAAACAGGCAUUUAUGGUAGAAGCUCACCAACAAAGGGCAGGGCUACAGCUCAGCUUUGCAAACCAACCGGGCUUGGGGGUUCAGAGUUACAGAAUGCUGAUCAUUUGCGGAAUCUGGGUGUCCUGGAUGGUGGAGUGACACUUAAACAUCAGUAUCUGCCACAAUUAGAUCCUCAUCUGAGGAACAUAGCCAGACUCCAGCACGUAAUUCUCUCAGAAGAUCUACCUACAGUCAUACAUGUACUUGUAUCAUCACACAUAGACUACUGUAAUGUCCCCUACCUGGGUCUCCCAGCAAUAGAAUUGCACCGCUUGUAGCUUGUACAGAAUGCAGCAGCCAGGCUGUUACCUAACCAGACCGUUCCUGCCACACAACACCCAUUCUCUGCUCCCUUCACCGGCUGCCUGUAAGAUGGUGACUAUUACAUAAUCUUACUGACUCAGCCCACCAUGACCAGGGUCCAUGGUACCAGAAGCAGCUUCUGCCUCCUUACUGCCCUGCUUUCUUACUUCCACCUGCAGAUGAAGGACUGUUACCAGCAGUACUAAGAAUCCUCAAGCAGUGCUGAGAUGUCAGAGGGGGAGACAGGGUGGUGGCACUAGUGCUCUAGUGGGGGCUGCCGGAGGCAAUGUCUGUGAGAAUCUUGUCCUCAAGCAGCACUGAGUUGUCAGAGGGGAGACAAGGUGGUGGCAGUAGUGGGGGAGACAGGGUGGUGGCAG